AUGUCGAUGGCGCGGGCGGCCUCGGGAGCUCCGGACCGGCAGCACCUGGCGAGGGCGCGGGCCACAGCGCGGUCCUCGAAGGUGGCGGCGACAGCGACGGUCCGUCGGUGGCAGCAUCAGCGGGCGGCGGUGGAAAGGCGGAUAUCGAUGGCGCGGGCGGCCUCGGGAACGGCGGAGCGGCAGCACAAUGAGGAGGCGGGGGCCACUACGCGGGCCCCGAAGGCGGCGGCGGCAGCGACCGUCCGGCGGCGCGACCGUCCGGCGGCGGUAGCAGCAGCGGGCAGCCGUGAGACGGCGGAUGUCGAUGGCGCGGGCGGCCUCGGGAGCUCCGGACCGGCAGCACCAGGCGAAGGUGCGGGCCACAACGCGGGCCCCGAAGGCGGCGGCGGCAGCGACCGUCCGGCGGCGGUAGCAGCAGCGGGCAGCCGUGAGACGGCGGAUGUCGAUGGCGCGGGCGGCCUCGGGAGCUCCGGACCGGCAGCACCAGGCGAAGGUGCGGGCCACAACGCGGGCCCCGAAGGCGGCGGCGGCAGCGACCGUCCGGCGGCGGUAGCAGCAGCGGGCAGCCGUGAGACGGCGGAUGUCGAUGGCGCGGGCGGCCUCGGGAGCUCCGGACCGGCAGCACCAGGCGAAGGUGCGGGCCAUAACGCGGGCCCCGAAGGCGGCUGCGGCGCCGAUGGUCCGGCGUCGGUAGCAUCACUGGGCGGCGGUGAAACGGCGGAUGUCGAUGGCGGAGGUGGCGUCAGGACCGGCGGAGCGGCAGCACCAGGCGACGGCGCGGGCCACAAUGCGGGCCCCGAAGGCGGCGGCGACAGCGACGGUCCGGUAGUGGCAGCAGCAGUGGGCGGCGGUGAGACGGCGGAUGUCGAUGGCGCGGGCGGCCUCGGGAGCGGCGGAGCGGCAGCACCAGGCGAAGGCGCGGGUCACAACGCGUGCCCCGAAGCCGGCGGCGCUAGCGAUGGUCCGGCGAUUUAG